AUGAGCGAAAUCUCACGUAUAUUUUACGUAAAGGUCAAAGAUUGGGAUGCACUCGGAGGAGAACUACCGGCACCGUUCAAUAAAGAUGCAGCUAUGGUGAUUCGAGGUGCACCAAUCGAAGAUUUGGCCUGA